GUGUGAAUUUGUUUAAGAAUUCAAAAUAAACAAAAGUUGAAGUUGAAAAUAAUAAUAAACAAAUCUCAAAAAUCGAAAGUGAUAUAGACAAUUUUUAUAACUUCAUAAAAUUACAGUAGUUUAUAUAAACUGCGAAGUAGAAAUAAAUUCGACGAAUUUAAAGGUUCAAGUUCAAGGACUCUUAACGUUUAAAAUCGAAAUCAAAAAUAAAUAUUAGUGAUACAACGACAACCACAACAACAAUGUAUUGCUUGAGUUGGGACUCUUAUAAAAAUUAUAUUUGUAAUGGAUUUGCCCAAUUGCAACAGAGAGAAGAAUUAGUUGAUAUGACUUUAGUCGCUGAAGGACACUUAGUUAAAGUUCACAAGAAUUUAAUUUCUUUAGCAAGCCCAUACAUCAAAAAUGUAAUAAAUUUAGUGCCAUGUACACAUCCCAUUAUUUUCUUAUCGAGCAUUACACAUGAAGUUUUAUGCCAGCUUCUAGAAUACAUAUACACUGGUGAAGUCCAUGUAGAACUGGAAAAACUGAAUGCUUUUAUCAAGGCAGCUAAGGAAUUUCAGUUACCGGGUAUUGCAUAUGAUUUGUUAAAGGAAACAAGUUUGACAAAUGGCCAGAAUAAUAAUACCCCAGAAGCAAUACCUACAGGCAAAAACAUUAACAUAAUUAACAGGCAACUAGAAUACAGAUCGAGCAAUUCUGCUGUUGACUCAAAUAUUAAUGAUAUUUUAGAUUCUCAUACAGCACAGAAUGUUAAUAAAAACCAUGAAUGGCCACAAAAACAUUUGAUUAAUAGACACAUGAAAAAUGACACCAAGGCAUUACCUGUUAAUAAGAUUCAGAUUUUGGAAAAUAGGGAAAUAUUGCUUGGCACUAGUGAUGCACCCAUUGAAAUAAAGACAAAUGAUAUUAAUUUAGACAUUGAUAUGAAAUCAUUGGAGAGUGCUAAUAAUAAUAAUCAGAAUAUGUCACAUGCAACAAUUUUGAUAAACGGGCAGAGUACAAAUACUAUGGAAGAAUUGUCUACAGGGAAUGGUAUUCAGUUAAUAAAAAACAGCCUACUUGACUAUGGGACAACGGAAGGUGAUAUUGAACUAAAUAACAUGGACAAUAUUUUAGUCACAAAUAUGCAAUCAUUAGACACAGAUUUACAGAAAGAUGGUAACAAUCAUUACGAUUCAUCCAAUUCUGUAACAGUUACAGAAACAUACGAUGCCAAUAACUUUGAUGACUUUUUAAAAUUUCCCGAACCACAAAACUCGACUGCAAAGAGAAAUAGUGUCUCUCAAAAUGAUCAGAAUUAUGAAAACAACAAGCCUGCCAAUAGUGAAGCACCAUUUGAGUACUCUUUGGAUCUCAGCACUAGUGUUAUACCGCAACAAUAUACUGUGUCGAAUAGAGGAUCAGUGCAAAUGAUACUCAACCGUUACAUGUACAGUGUGCAAUAUAGUGCGAAUUCUGGAGUGAAACGCCGAUGGCGAUGUAUAGACUAUCGCAUAUUGCAUUGUAAGGCGUUUGUUGAUACACUGGACGGUAAAAUAAUCAAGAGAAAGAACUGCCACACUCAUCCAUUCCACGAUAGCAAAAUUAUGAAGAAGUUAAAAGCGAAUUUAGUUUUUGGAGCAUUUAGCACUGCGAUGCAUGAAAUGAAGAAACGAAACAAUAUGGACAGUGUAGUUCAAGCUAUUGACAGUGAAUAAUAAAUAAACUGUUUUUUAGUACGAGUA